AAUCAAUUAAGGUUAAUCUUUGAACUACAUGUAACCAUCAAUUUGGUCAAUAAAACAAGAAGCUGCAGUUAGUUUAUUUAAAAUAAGUUUGUUGAUUUUGUUGUUUUCUGGAUUAUUAUAAUGCGUUUUGAAAAUGAAAGGAUAUAUUUUAAGCUUUUGUUGGCUUGCUUUAAUUAAUGUUUGUAUUGGAGAUGACAGUGAAUGUACAUGUCCGGCCUUCAAUAAAUUCUCUUGUGGUAACUGUGUGUGUAUUCCACAAGCAUUAGUGUGUGACGGUCAGCCCGACUGUAAGAACGGGAAGGAUGAACAGGGCUGUGGUGUUAAACGAAUAACAAGUCACUGUCCAGCGGACCACUUCACAUGUUGGAACCAGCAAUGUUUACGACUAGACUGGGUCUGUGAUGGUGACAAUGACUGCGGGGAUGACUCCGAUGAACUCAUGUGUCCACCAAAGAACUGUACAGAGGAGGAGUUCCAGUGUAACAAUGGUAACUGUGUUCUAACAAAAUGGCGUUGUGAUGGAGACGACGACUGUAGAGAUGGUUCUGAUGAACACUGUGAUCAUAAGUGUAGCCCUGGUCAGUUUAAAUGUGCAGGUGAUGGGUCGUGUAUACAUAAAUCCUGGGUGUGUGAUAAAGAGAUAGAUUGCCAGGAUGCCUCUGAUGAGGCCUCAUGUGGUUUAGAAGACCUGUACUGUGGUCCGCACGAGUUCACGUGUGUACAAGCUCAUCGUUGUAUCCCGAAACAGAGACGCUGCGAUCGUAACAAUGACUGUAAUGACUGGGAGGAUGAAAUUGGCUGUGAUUUCCAGCAAUUUGAAAACAAGUGUAAAGAAGGGGAGUUCCAGUGUGACCAUGGUUUAUGUAUCAAUGCUGAAUGGAGAUGUGACGGCCAGAGAGAUUGUGAGGACUCUUCUGACGAGAAAAACUGCACCAUGUCAGGAUGUACAGCCGACCAAUUCAGAUGUAAGAUUGGAUAUUGUAUAGAUAAACAUCUGCGAUGUAACGGACAAGUUGACUGUAGCGAUAAUUCAGAUGAAUCUAAUUGUGGGACAUCAACAUGUGGACUGGGUCAGUUUCAUUGUACUAGUGGGGAAUGCAUUGGUAACCAGAAAUUGUGUGACACAGUCAGAAAUUGUAGAGAUGGAUCAGAUGAGAGAAAUUGUCACUGGGCAGCAAAAUGUGACAACAGUAAUGGAGGUUGUCAGCAUGUAUGUCAGCAGACGACACUUGGAGCCAAAUGUUCCUGUCACCGUGGUUACAUGUUACAGCCCAAUGGUCGUGACUGUGAGGAUGUUGACGAGUGUGGAUUAGAUAAUGUAUGCAGUCAGCAGUGUGUUAACACACCAGGAUCAUUCGUGUGUGACUGUACACAUGGUUAUAGACUCAAACCAGAUGGCAGAGGUUGUAAAGUUCAAGUUACGACUGGGGAGAAGGCUUACCUGAUAUUUGCUAACCGUGUCGACAUCCGACGUGUGAUGCCAGAUAUGUCGGAAUAUGACAGUAUCCUACAGGGUCUGGAGAACGCCAUCGCCCUGGACUUCCAUCAUGAGAAAGGUUACGUGUAUUGGUCAGAUGUUACCCUGGACAAGAUUAAGAGAGCCUACCUUAAUGGUACAGGUAUCAAAGAGGUGGUAGCUUACGGAUUAGAAAGUCCAGGGGGUGUAGCUGUUGACUGGAUACAUAAUCUGCUGUUCUGGACUGACUCCGGGACAUCUCGUAUUGAGGUAUCUAACCUAGAUGGUGAUCAUCGUAAAGUACUAUUGUGGGAAAAUCUGGAGAAACCUAGGGCUAUAGCUGUUCAUCCGGGAGAUGGAUACAUAUUCUGGACAGAUUGGGGCAGCACACCAAAGAUAGAGCGAAGCAGUAUGGAUGGGCUAGAUAGAGUAGUUAUCGCAAACACUUCAUUAUUUUGGCCGAAUGGUUUAACACUGGACUAUGCCGCAAAGAAAUUGUACUGGGCUGAUGCGAAGCAUCAUGUGAUUGAGUGUUCUAAUUAUGACGGCUCACAUCGCAGGACUGUCAUAAAUCAAGGACUACCACACCCAUUUGCCCUGACAUUGUUUGAGGACGAGUUAUAUUGGACAGACUGGCAUACAAAGUCUAUCAAUAAGGCUAACAAGUUUACUGGUAAUGAUGUAGAGAUGGUGAGAAAUAGGCUACAUUUUCCCAUGGAUAUACACAUCUUCCAUAGGGAGAGGCAACCAGAAGCUGAAAACCGGUGCCAGGGUAACCAGAAAGGCUGUAGUCAUUUAUGUCUACCAAGCACUGUGGGAUAUAAGUGUGCCUGUCCUACAGGACUUGAUCUCAAGGAAGACAGGAAAACUUGUGUCAAAAAUAUUGAGUCUUUUCUGCUGUUCACAACUCGGUCUGAUGUAAGAAGGAUAACUCUUGGUACACCAGAUCAGUCAGAUGUAGUUAUUCCCCUUAGUAACACUGUCAGUACAAUGUCAGUAGACUUUGAUGAUAAAACAGACACUAUAUUCUGGACAGAUAGUGGUUCUAAUGCCAUUAGUGCUGCAAAAUGGGACGGAAGACAAGAGAGGGUAGUUGUGAGUUCAAGUGUAGGUAGUCCAGCAGGUCUAGCUGUGGAUUGGGCCACAAGAAAACUGUACUGGACCGACUCUGAAAUGGGUAGAAUUGAGGUUUCAAACCUGGACGGAUCUAUGAGAGGUGUCCUGAUCUGGUCAGGGUUGCAGAAACCUAGAGACAUAGUAGUUGAUCCAAUCUCAGGGUAUAUGUUUUGGACUGACUGGGACAAACCACCAAGGAUAGAGAGAGCUGGUAUGGAUGGAAGGGAUCAGAAAGUCCUCAUUCACUCAAACCUAACUCACCCUAAUGGUCUGUCUAUAGAUUACAGAGGUUCACCUAGACUAUACUGGAUAGAUACAGGCAGUUACUCCCUCGAGUCUUGUACACUCGAUGGAUCUGGCAGGAAGGUGGUAUUCACCAUGAGUGAUCCACGACCAUUUGGAUUUACUGUUUACGGAAACAGCAUGUACUGGGCAGAUUGGUUAACAAAGAAGAUAAUGACAUCCGACCGCAGUGGUAAUAGCCAGUCAACCUUGCAAAGUAACAUGGGAAAUGUGAUGGACUUAACUGUCUUCCAUAGGAACAGACCUGACAUAUCAACAGUAUGUCAGGAAGAAAAUGGACAGUGCAGUCACCUGUGUCUCCCAGCCCCUCUACCUAGGGGACACACCUGUGUUUGCCCGACAGGGAUAUUAUUACACCCAGAUUUAAAGACUUGUAACUCAGAAAUGCGAAAUUUUCUGAUCUUUGCACAGCGUACUGAUAUCAGGAAGAUCUCAUUGGAUGUGGACUACUUUGCUGAUGUUCCUCUACCAAUACAUUCCCUCAAGAAUGCCAUUGCAAUAAGUGUGGAUAGAGUGGAUGGGAAGGUAUAUUGGACUGACACAGUAUUAGAUAAGAUAAAGCGAGCCAACCUGAAUGGUUCUAACAUAGAGAAUGUGGUGACACAUGGUUUAGAUACACCAGAUGGUAUGGUGGUGGAUGAGAUAGGCAGGAAACUAUACUGGACGGAUACUGGUUUAAAUCGUAUAGAAGUGUCCAAUCUUGAUGGUACAAUGAGAAGAGUUUUGAUAUGGGAAGGGCUUGACAAACCAAGGGCAAUAACUCUAUUCUAUGAGGAAAGGUAUUUAUACUGGAGUGACUGGGGUAAAGAACCAAAAAUAGAAAGAUCAGAGUUAGAUGGUAAUAAUCGUAAAGAGAUUGUCUCUGAAAAUAUAAUCUGGCCAAAUGGACUGACUAUUGACCGAGAAACAUCAAGGAUACUAUGGGCAGAUGCAAGAACUGAGCAAAUAGAGUCAGUUGACCUUAAUGGAGGCGGGAGAAAGGUGUUGGUGAAAAAGGUAGCUCACCCCUACAACCUGGCAAUAUCUGGUGAUCUAGUAUACUGGACGGACUGGCAGAAGACCGCAGUAUUCAGUGCCAACAAGGAUGGAUCAACACCAGAUAAACAGGAUCAGGUGCUCCCUAAAUUGGCAGGAAUCAUGGAUAUACAUGCUGUCCAUAUGGAUGAGAAAGUCAAUUUGAAGAUGGAUAAAUGUCGUAGAAAGAAUGGAGGCUGUAGUCAUUUAUGUUUACCAAACAGACGAGGUGUAACAUGUUCGUGUCCAUCUGGGCUUCAGUUACGACCUGAUAAAGUUAGCUGUGAAAGUAUGCCAGAAGAGUAUAUAUUAUUUGCAAGUCGAGGUAGUAUCCGGAGGAUAGCUCUAGAUUUACCAGACAUGACAGAUGUCUAUCUACCAUUACCUGACCUACAGAAUAUCAUAGCUAUAGAUUAUGACUACUCGGAUAAGAAGUUAUAUUAUACAGAUGUACAGCUAGAUGUUAUAAGACGGGCAAAUUUAAAUGGCACAGAUAUAGAAACUGUGAUUAGUUCUCGUCUGAAGACAACAGAUGGUCUGGCUGUUGACUGGAUAGGUAAAAAUCUGUACUGGACGGACACAGGGACAGAUGUGAUUGAGGUGGCCAAGCUGACGGGUCAGUAUAGAAGGACACUUAUCAAAGACAAUCUGGAUCAACCAAGGGCAGUUGCUGUGUAUCCACAAAAAGGAUAUCUAUAUUGGACGGACUGGGGUUAUCAACCUCGAAUAGAGAGAGCAUACAUGGACGGUACUCACAGAAAAAUCAUUAUCAACUCUAACCUGGGUUUUCCAAAUGGUUUGUCAAUUGAUUAUGUAGCAGAACGACUUUACUGGGUGGAUGCCAAACUUGACAAAAUAGAAACAUCCACAUUAGAUGGAAAUAAUAGAGUGACUUUGAUACAGAAUGUUCCUCACCCAUUUGGUCUUACAGUGUUUGGAGAUUAUGUAUACUGGACUGACUGGCAGUCCCAGCAGAUAGAGAGGGCUGAUAAACAUACUGGUAAACACAGGGAAACCAUCAAACAACUGUUUGUAGGUCUGAUGGAUAUUGAAGUAGUGUCCCCAUAUAGACAAACAGGUGAAAAUGAAUGUGCCUUAAGCAAUGGUGGGUGUACUCACCUCUGUCUACCAAGGCCAGAUGGUCAUUCCUGUCUGUGCCCUGAUGUUAGUACAGGCAAUAAAACUUGUAUUUCAGUGCCUAAAGAUAGAGCAGUGUAUACUGAUGUCACUGAGAAUAAAGCAAAUAAUGGGAAAGGGUGUAGCACAGCUGACGAGAAGGCAGGUCUUUGCUCAAGCCCCGCCCAGGAGGAGGGACCAAGUUUGAAGGGGGCAUACAUUGCUCUAGCCUGUGUGGUUGUUCUUGUUUUACUUGCAGUAUUGCUCAUAAUAUUCAUUUGGAAAAGACAAAGAAGACGGCAGCAUUACCAGGAAGAUUUCUCUACCCUCACAUAUACCAACCCUAAUUACCAGAGAACUAGUACAGAAACUAUUAAUUCCGAAAGAUCGCCGCGAGAGUGGCGAAUAUUCCGUUUUAAUAAAAGAGCAGAUAGAGUGUCUGUGGUCAGCUCAAACUGCACAAGUGAAGAGAAGCUGAACACAUCAGAGACAGAUGCCCUGUAUCCUGCCAGUUCUGAUACAGAUGGCGCCUCAUGCUUCCCUGACACGCCUUUAUCUAAAAAUAUUUUUAAACCGAGAAAUUCGGGACAAAAUUCCAAUAAGCCAAAGCGAGUUCCUUAUAAACCUGUAGAAAAACAUAUAGAAGACAAAGUCUCAUGACAAAGCUAGUCAUCAUGAUCAUGUGACAAGAUUGAAAUACUCAGAAGCAUUUUGAUUGGCCAGUAUGUGGUCAUGUGACUCUAGCAUUGUCAGUUGAUUGGUGUAGCAGAUAUUAAACUGUGAUAACAUAGUUCAAUACGGCCAGUAUACAGUUACUGUAUUGGUAGAAAUAAUAGAUAAUUGCAUGUAGAAACAAAUAUGUGGUUUGAUGAAAUUGUAUAUGCAGCUUUCAAUAUAUGAGCAAAAGAGAUGGAUCUUUGAAAAAUAUACAAAUUGCAAAUUUUUAUCAAUUUAAUUGAAAAUCUUAGCUUUAAUGAAGCUUUGAAAAAAACAUUGAUGUUGAAAUCUUGGACUUAGUUUUAACUUCUAUAAGGAUUGUGAAACAUUUAUGAAAAUGAUACAAUAGAAUGGCAUUCAUGCUAAGAAGGAAACAAACAAAAAACGUGAAAAUAAAAAAAAAAACUGAUAAUUUUGUAUGUAGCUAACCAGAUUAGACAAUUCUUUCACUGAAAAGAAAGUAGCUAUGCCUUUAGUUUUAAUUGUACACUGGAAAAUCAUAGUUUUUCAUAAAGAAAUAAUUAUUUUUAUAUUAUGAAAAUGCUGAUGUCAUUUAACUGCUUGUGAACUUGUUGACUGCAACUUGAAAGGAUAUUUCUUGUUCAAAUUUGUCUCAUGGUGCUAUAUUUGUAAUUUUAUUGCCAAUUUUUCAUUUUUUAAUGUCUUUUUAUGUACAUUUAAUUGUUUUUGAUAAUUAUGUGUAUUGUUUGUGAAAUAUGCAUGUUUAAUAUACUUUGUUUAGAUAGAAACUGCUCUCUGUUUAUGACAACUAAGAAUCUUGUUCUUGAUAGAAUUUUAAAACAUUUUAAAGCCAUAUUAACACAUGGAAAGUUAUGGGUUAAUAUGUAUAGUUACAUGUAUCUACAAAAAUGUUUCAUACAAAUCAAUAAAUUGAUGUCCUAUGAUGUAACAAUGAAUGAAAGCCGUAUUUCAAUAUUAACUAACCCUUCCUAGGGUUGAUUUUUGACAUGACACAUGGUUUUAAGAUUUGCAUGCAAGUUUAUGCAUGUCAUCAACCGAUGUCUCAUCAACUUACAGAGUUAUUCACUUGAAACUUCACAAAUGUCUUAUGGAUAAUAACUUAAGGCCAAUAAUUCAAUGAUUUUUCUCUAGGUUGGAUUCUGACAAAAUGAUAGCACUUGAUCCAGGAUCAAUAUACAUAACUGCUCAUUUGAAACUUCAAACGUGUCUGUAGGAUCAUCAUUAUUAGUCACCAUCCAAGAUCCUUAAGUCUUGAAUGGAUUUUCACUGACAUAUAAUCCUUUAGUGAAAUUAGAAAAAUCUUAAAGUUUUGCAUGCAUCAAAACAUUUACAAUUAUUUAAGAUUUAUGCAACUAACUUGUUGCCUAUAGGAUCAUAAUUGUAUAUUAAUUUGAAACAUAUAACUAAGGCAUGGAGUUUGAUUAAAAUUUUCUCCUUUGUGAUAUCAGGCUCAUGUUUAACAUUUUAGCAUGAAAGGCAGAUAAUCGUUUUCACUAAGUUACUCUUUGCUACAAAGAGGGACAGUUAGGAUAUGAUUUUAAUGAGUUUUCACAGAGAAUAGUCUUGCACCUCGCCUGUGUUGGCAGCUCACUCUUGUGUAGUUUUAAAACUAACCAGCAUGAGUAAGUGUUGAUAUUCUGUAAUUAAAACAUAUUUAGUUAUUGUAUAUAUAUUUUGAAAAGCAAAGGUUUCAUUUAAUACUGUUGUGAUUUUGAUUUUGUAUUUGAUUGUUGUGUUAACAUGCACUCAGGAAUAUUUAUGAACCUAAAAAUGGCAAACAUUAACUUUUUACCCCACUCUCAGUACAGCGAAAAUUAAUGUCUCUUAUUUUAUUGUUCAGAUGAUAUUGACUACCAUAAUACCAAAACAUCUUCAUUUAUUGUUUUUAUCAUGAUCUUAAAUAAUAUAAUGAUAAAAAUGGAGACUAUAAAUCACCCUUUAUGACUUGUUUUAUUUUAAAGACUUCAUGACUAUACUUUUUCAUUAUUAUACUUGUAUAUUUUAUAUUUUAUUGUCUUGUAUGUGUACAUUACAUAAUGUUUUCAUUUUACAAGUGUUAGUUCAAGCACUUAAUGAUUUUAGCAUAAUCAUAUGUUAUACAUGUACAUGCAUGUCAUUGAAGUGUGUUGAAAAUGAGAAAAAAAAUUCUGAAAGGGUAUUUAAUUUAAUUAGAAACAUUAUAUAUAUAUUUCAUAUGCUUUUAGUGGAAUCUCAAAGUAAUAUUAACAAAAAGUGUCACUUGUCACUGUUAUGAAAUGCAAAUAAAAAUUUAAGUAUAAACAAGAAUACAAAACUUCCAUCCUGUACUAUCUUGAUCAGGGUUUUAUUGGUGAUUCCGCACAUGCACAGCUUGCUUUCACAGAAGUAUUCAUUAAGCAUAUUUCCAUUUCUGUUACUAUGGUAUCUGUCUGAUCACAAAAUUAUGUAUAUUUUCAGACAGAGAUUGUAGCUUUAUACCCUUAAAUUAAAAGCCAAACACUUUCAGCCAUGUUGAGUUGGGAAUCUAAAUGCUUUAAAAAUACUAAGAUUUGUAUAUUUUUUUUUAACUAUGUUCUCUUAAAUCUUAAUUGAAUUUGAUAACUGUAGUUACACUAUGUAUUUGUGCCAUUGUCUCAUGCAAUAUGUUUUUAUAAUUAUGUUUUAUAUAAAUAUCUGUUGUGAAUUUUUGUCAUCUUUUGUUUAGUUUUUAACAUGUUUGUUUGUUUUUUUGUUUUUUUUUUCAAGUGAUAUUAUGCAUGCCCUGCGAUUGUGAUUUUACAAAAUUUCACUACCAUUGCACAUAAAUAUUUCUUGGGUUUUUAUAGAUACCUAUUAAAUUGACAGGCAAUAUUUAUAGUGAUAUUAAAAAGCCAUGCCUUGAUACAAUUCUGUAACCUAGUUCAUAUUUGUAUAUACUUUCCAGUGAAAAUACUUAAACAAGAAACAUGAGAAUGUUCAUCUCUAAAUAAACUAAAAAAAUUAUUCAGAGAAAAGUUUUUUUGAACUAUUCAGGCUACUAAAAAAAACAUUGAACACAAUUUUAAAACAUAAAUAGCACUUUAAAUAUUUAACUAUUAAACAUUAUUGUGAACUUAACAUCUGCCUGACAAAGGACAAUUGACCCUAAGUGCUUCAAAUGAAGCAAAUGAAGACAAAAUAUUUUUUUUUAUUUAUUUUUUAGCUCGACUAUUCGAUAAGACUAAGUAGAGCUAUUGCAGUCACCCGAGCGUCGGCGUAACCACUUAUGUUAAAGUGUUUGUAAUAGUUCAAAUAUUUUCAAAGUCCAUUGACAUAUGGCUUUGAAACUUUGCACACUUGUUCACCAUCAUGACCCCAACCUGUAGACAGGAGGAGGUAACUCUAUCAAGCAUUUUGACAGAAUUAUGCCCCUUUUUCGAUUUAGAAUUUACGUUAAAGUUUUUGUAAUAGUUCAAAUAUUUUCAAAGUCCAUUGACAUAUGGCUUUGAAACUUUGCACACUUGUUCACCAUCAUGACCCCAACCUGUAGACAAGAGGAGGUAACUCUAUCAAGCAUUUUGACAGAAUUAUGCCCCUUUUUCGACUUAGAAUUUACGUUAAAGUUUUUGUAAUAGUUCAAAUAUUUUCAAAGUCCAUUGACAUAUGGCUUUGAAACUUUGCACACUUGUUCAACAUCAUGACCCCAACCUGUAAACAGGAGGAGGUAACUCUUUCAAGCAUUUUGACAGAAUUAUGC